CGUUCCAUUACACCGCGAACCACUGGAAGGUGUCGGUAAUAAAGAUCGCGUCUUACUCACUUACGGACGUUACUAGCUAAUGUUAGCUACGUAAAAAAAACUUUAAGUUUUAAGAAGACAUUAAUAAACAAAAUUUAUACUAACUCAAACGUCAAAUUAACGUAUGCCUUCGGGACCGUAGGGGAAAACAGAACGACGAAGGAAAGUACAGACCUAUAGUUAGCUAGCUAACAAAGAAAAGACCUUUCUCAAAAGAUAUAAAUCCUCAUUAUUCUUUAGUUAUGAGUCAUGUGGCCAUUGAAAAUGUACACGGUCUAGAUCAGCAGCUUGCUGCCCUAGACUUGAACUCUGCAGCUAACGGGCAGGGUGGAGGUGGGACAGGCAGGCGUUACAUUCCACCUCAUUUACGGAACAAAGAUGCCGUUAAAAAUGCAGGUAAUGCUUAUGCCUCUGGUAGGCAGAGCGGUUAUUCAGUGGCACCAGUGAGGAGCUGUUACCCUGGAUACCCUUCCCAGGAGCUUCCCUUUUCUCAAACCUACUGUGGUGGCUGGCCAGACAGAUGUGAUUCUCCUGGAUGGGAUGGGGGACGCAACAAUGGCUUUGUGAAUGGUUACCAUGACGGCAGGGACAACCGGAUGAAUGGGGAGCGCAACAGCUUCGGCGGACGCGGGCCCUCUCGCACAGACAGAGGCGGGCGUGGCGGAUACCGCGGCAGCAGAGGCGGCGGUGCCUUUAACCAGUCGCAGCCAAUGCAACAUUCAGGGUUUGGUUAUGACAACAAAGAUGGAGGCGGAUGGAAUGCCAUCAAAGACAACAGGGAUGCCUACACCAGCUUCGGAGGGCGCGCCGAUCGGGGGAAGUCCUCCUUCUUCAACGACCGAGGCUCCGGGUCGAGAGGAAGGUUCGAGCGGCCCGGCUUUGGCUCCCGGGAGGGGGGCGGCAACAGCCGCUGGGUGGAGGACUCCAGGGACGAGGAGGACUGGUCCAAGCCCACGUCUCCCAACGAGCGCCUGGAGCACGAGCUGUUCUCCGGAAGCAACACCGGCAUAAACUUCGAGAAGUACGACGACAUUCCCGUCGAGGCCACCGGCACCAACUGCCCUCCCCACAUUGAGAGCUUCCAUGACGUGGACAUGGGAGAGAUCAUCAUGGGGAACAUCGCUCUGAGCCGCUACACCCGGCCCACCCCCGUUCAGAAGCACGCCAUCCCCAUCAUCAAGGCCAAGAGAGACCUGAUGGCCUGUGCUCAGACAGGCUCUGGAAAGACUGCAGCCUUCCUGCUCCCGGUGCUGAGCCAGAUCUACACUGAAGGUCCGGGAGAGGCCCUGCAGGCCGUCAAAGCCAGCAGCCAGGAAAAUGGAAAGUACGGCAGACGCAAGCAGUAUCCGAUCUCGCUGGUGCUGGCCCCAACCAGAGAGCUGGCUCUCCAGAUUUACGAUGAAGCCCGAAAGUUUGCGUACCGCUCCAAAGUGCGCCCGUGUGUGGUGUACGGAGGGGCUGACAUCGGCCAGCAGAUCAGGGACCUGGAGAGAGGCUGUCACCUGCUGGUGGCCACCCCCGGCCGCCUGGUGGACAUGAUGGAGAGAGGGAAGAUCGGCCUGGACUACUGCAACUAUUUGGUGCUGGAUGAAGCCGACCGCAUGCUCGACAUGGGCUUCGAGCCCCAGAUUCGGCGCAUCGUGGAGCAGGACACCAUGCCGCCCAAGGGCCUGCGCCACACCAUGAUGUUCAGCGCCACCUUCCCCAAGGAGAUUCAGAUCCUGGCCCGCGACUUCCUGGAGGAGUACAUUUUCCUGGCUGUGGGCCGCGUUGGCUCCACCUCUGAAAACAUCACCCAGAAAGUGGUUUGGGUUGAAGAAAGUGACAAGAGGUCAUUCCUGCUCGAUCUGCUGAACGCCACAGUCAUUCCCUGUGAGGUUCAGGAAAAUUCAAGUGAGAACCCAGAGAGACCUGGCAAAGACUCCCUCACCCUGGUGUUUGUGGAGACCAAAAAGGGAGCCGACGCGCUGGAGGACUUCCUGUACCGCGAAGGCUACGCGUGCACCAGUAUCCACGGCGACCGCUCUCAGCGAGACCGAGAGGAGGCGCUCCACCAGUUCCGUUCAGGAAGGUGCCCCAUCUUGGUCGCCACGGCGGUUGCUGCACGUGGACUUGACAUUUCCAAUGUGAAGCAUGUCAUCAACUUUGACCUGCCCAGUGACAUCGAAGAGUACGUCCACCGCAUCGGCCGUACUGGUCGUGUCGGCAACCUCGGGCUGGCCACAUCCUUCUUCAACGACAAGAACAGCAACAUCACCAAGGACCUGCUGGACAUCUUGGUUGAGGCCAAGCAGGAGGUCCCGUCCUGGCUGGAGAGCCUGGCGUACGAGCACCAGCACAAGAGCAGCAACCGGGGCCGGUCCAAGAGGUUUUCCGGUGGUUUUGGGGCCAGGGAUUACCGUCAGACCAGCAGUGGCAACAGCAGCUUCGGCAGCCGGGCCGGCCGCACCUCCGGAGGCCACGGCGGGAACCGCGGGUUUGGCGGUGGCAAGGGUGGCUUUGGAAACUUCUACAGCAGCGACGGCUAUGGAGGAAACUACUCCCAGGUCGACUGGUGGGGAAACUAAACCCCCCCCCCACCCCCCACCCCCCUAGCAGUGGAGGUCACCACGCCAAACUAGCUGAAUGGAAACCACAUGUAACUUAGCCAGACUAUACCCUGUGUAGCUUCAAGAACUCGCAGUACAUUACCAGCUGUGAUUCUCUGACGCCGUCGUGAGAGGGAGCCGGAAGAGAUGAAGAGAGAUGGCCAGCGGGGAGGAGAAACGGAGCAUCACACCUUUAGACUAAACAUGGCCGCUGACGUGAACGCCUGAUAGAAUCUCGGACUGUAGUUUUCCACUGCGCAUCGUUUCUGUCUCUGUACAAACUGAGGAUCAUUUGUUUGUUAAUGUACUGUGCCUUUAAAUUCAGACAGGACAUUUUAUUUUCAGUGUCAUAUUGCUGGCUGAACUUGGCCAUGAGUUCAAUUAUUUUCUAAAGGCAUAAAAAAAAAGAAAAUCUUGUACUAAAUCAAACCUUGGCAAACACUGGGAUGAAAUGACUUUGAGUAAGUCAUUACUCCAUUUGAACUUCAAAUUGUCACAGGGACAUCUGAUAGCCUCCUCUAGAGGCGAGAGCACAAAAGGUGCUCGGGGAACCAUCUUGGAAGUGUCUAACGUUAACGAUUCCUUGUGUGGCAACUGUAUUUUCAAGGGAUGAAGAGUUCUAAUUUUUUGCUCACUCUAUCCUGGAUAGGCACCUAUUAGGGAUAUGGUAGUCUUCAAAAAGCCAUUCCAGUUGUGAUCUAAUGUUCAGAAAAAAAAGUAAUAAUUGAACCAUUUUGAUACACACCUACACACGCAGACACACACACGAACACAUUCAGACACACUGGUGUUGAGACACAAUGCUGGAAUGUGUUACUCCACUUCUUGCAAUUGACUUGACAGUGUUAUGGCAGCUUAGUAAAGUAUCACGAGCUGGCUGUUAAGUUGGGUGGUUUUUUUUUUUUUGGUUUUUUUUCGUUCUUUUUUUUUUUUUAAACUUGAAACAUUUAAAGGGGGGGGCAAUUGACAAACGGAAGUUUUUUGAUAACGUUUCUUACAUUUUACAAAAUGGUAUAUCAGAAAACAACAAAAAAAAUGCCUGCCAUAUUGAAAGACGGAAUGGCUGAACAAGGACCACAGAACCGGCUCAGCCCUGCGGAAUCUCAUGGCUGACCCGGUCCGAAAACGCAUGCUAGUGUUGGUGUUUUUUGGUCAAGGAGAUACAAAAAAAAAAAUAACAAAUGAAUUGUGCAGCGGGCUUUACUUUUAUUCCAAACGUGUACACACAUUUUUUUUUUCUCUUUUUCAAGCUGCGUUCAAUUCCGAAAGAGAUUCUCGGCUUACCAAGAGGCAUGGCUCCUUUUCAAAGACAAGAAGCUGUUGGGGAUUUGCAGAGGUCAGUAAUGUAGAGUACAAACAGGCGGCUGCACAGGGUGUCGGCAGGGUCGGAGGGCAGUGCAGUUGAGUGCACCACCAUUUUAGUUGCGUAGGUUUCCAUUGCAUACUGGCUGUGUAUUCCACUUGAUCAGGCCAAAGACAGGGGUUUUUUUUUUCCUCCUGAUGGUACAUCGGCGCUCUCAGCUCCUGGAGUUAACCCGCCCUGAUGUGUGUUCAGACUCAUCGGCUGGGGAGCUAGCGUCAGCUUCUCUUGUUCAUUCUGCAAAGAAAGCUGAACGGAGGGAGGAGAAAAUGGCAUUUAACUUAAGUGCAAUAGAUUUAUUCUCAAGCGUGUUGUGCCUUGAAAAUUUUUUUUAAAGAAAUCAAAUUAGAUGAAGCGGAUGCCCUGACAGUAUUGAGGUAACUUAAGAUGACUGGUGCUAUUUAAGUUAGGUCUAGGCCCAUGUAUGUUGUGCCCAUCAAGUUUUACAGAGUUAUUUUAUUGCACAUCUAGUUUUAUAUAUAAAUGUCUUGAGUACGUGUCCUUAAGCUUCCAAAUAUUGUGUGGAGAUUGUGAAACGCAGCUUGUUUACAAAAGGGGAAGGGUUCUUGAUAUUUAACCAGGAUUUAUUUGGGACCAGGGGGAUUAGCAGUUGGGAAUUUAGCUAUUUGCACACAGAUUUCUAGAUUCUACUUUUGCUGCUAGUUUUGUGUAAUUUAUUACGCCUUUUUUGAGAAAUAUUUAUUUUUGUAAGCCUAAAAGUGAUUCUUUGAACGUUUCAAGAAACUUGACCAAAAGACAGUACAAAAACACUGGCACUUGAAUGUUGAAUGUCACCCGUAUGCGUGAAAUUAAUUUAUUUCGGGGUAGUGUGAGCUUUUUAAUGUUAGUCAUAUUGGACUCAGUCAAAAUCCACACCUGCUACCGGCCUAAUGGCCAAAUGUUUCUGUACAAUAUUGAAAUUGGCCAUCAAAAUUUGAAAAAAACGAAAAACAAACAUGCCAAGGUUUGGACAAAAGUUAUCAAACCAAUACACAUUUCCUAAAUGUAUCAGUGCAGAAGUGUCCAGAUUCUCCAAUUUGUUUUCUUUUUUAUUUUCCUCCAGUGAAUGUCUGGCACAUGGCAAUCUUAAACAUGUGGUUAUUCUCUAUUGUUGCAUUUGUGUAUUUGGCGCCUCUGGUGUUUGACUGGAGCAUUUAGCAAGUUUCAGCUAUAGCAAUAAGUCUUACAGAGUAGAAGAACGAGUCAGAUCAUAGGAGAAUUUCAGUUGGAAAAGCUUCCAGCUUGCUAAAUGUUUUAGGAGGAA